AGAGAGGAAUAGAGGGAAUGAUAGCUGAGAAUGAGGAUUAGAGUUCACGUUAAUCAUUGAUCAGAGGUCCUCCUUCCUGACAUCAGUGGUGGGCUUUUGAGUAGUUACAUGUGUAUGUGUGUGAGUGUGAGUGAGCGAGCAAGGGAGUUAGUGAGAGAGAGAGAGAGAGAGAGACACACACACACAAGGAGUCAUAGGGCAGUUCAGGCAGGUAAAGCAAUCAGAUGUCUUCUCUUCCUCUCGGAUUUGUUUGUUUUGCUAUAUUCCUUUUUCCUGCUUGUUGUGGUUCAGGAUGAGUCCAGGUUCUGACCCUUCUUCACUGUCCGCUCUAAGUCUGAUGUGACUGGAGACAGUUCUCGGCAACCUUCGUUAAGAUGACCCGUGUCCACUCAUCUCCCUGGGUCCUCUCUCUUCGCCUGUCCCUCCUUCUCCUGGCAAUCUGGGACAGAGCGGAGUGUGGGUCUGGGGACGGGAAGAGCCUCUGGCAGCGGCCGCUGAACCACAGCGACUUUCUGACAGGAACGUUCCCUGAGGGUUUCCUCUGGGGUGUUGGAACAUCGGCGUUCCAGACGGAAGGCUCCUGGGAUCGGGAUGGGAAAGGCACGUCUAUAUGGGAUCACUUUACCCACAACCUCUAUAGAACAGGGAACAGCAUUGGCAUGGCAACAGCGGACAUAGCCAGCGACAGUUAUGCCCUCUGGGAGCAAGACGUGGAGUCAGUUCGAUACCUCGGGGCAAAGUUUUACGCUUUUUCACUCUCCUGGCCUCGACUGUUCUCAGACGGCAAUGCUAUGGGACCACCCAACCCUGCCGCAGUGGAACACUACCAGCGCCUGAUCAGGAGUUUGAGAGCGCUAGGUUUGGAGCCUGUAGUGACCCUAUUCCACUGGGAUUUGCCCCAAAGCCUGCAGGAGCACCUGGGCGGCUGGAAGAACCCAGAGAUGGUGCGGGUCUUUAGCGACUACGCCACGUUCUGUUUUGCUACGUUCGGCCGAGACGUCCGAUAUUGGAUCACAAUGCAUAACCCACUCCUGCUUGCACUUCUGGGGUACGGGACAGGGGCUCAUGCUCCAGGGGUGACCGGUGACCCUGCUGACCCCUUCAUCGUGGCACAUAACCUCAUCAGGGCUCAUGCUGAAUCCUGGCACAUAUACGACAAGCGAUUCCGUCCCCACCAGCAUGGCCAAAUCUCCAUCACCCUCGGCUCCCACUGGGUGGAACCUUUUAAAGGACAAGCAACGGCAGCCAAUGUGGAGUUGUGCCAGAAGUCUAUGGAGGCUGUGAUUGGCUGGUUUGCUGAACCCAUACAUGGAAGUGGGGACUACCCAAGCUCCUUGCAGGUCUCGCACCAGGGGCUCAUCCCAGAGUUCACCCCAGAGGAGAAACUCUGGGUGCGUGGAACUGCUGAUUUCUUCUCUCUGGCAUUUGGGCCUGACACACCGCGCGCUGUUCGCAGCCUAUCUAGCUUUGGCCAGUCAGGAACGCUGAACCUGAGGAAAGUUCUGGUGUGGGUUCAGCAGGAGUAUGGGGAUCCACACGUGCUGGUAGCAGAGAGCAGCUGGUUCUCUGAUGCCUCUGUAGGAGUGGAGGACACGGUAGCCAUUUUUUAUAUGAAAAGGUUUAUUAACCAGGUGCUUCAAGCUGUGGUUGUGGACCACGUAAAGGUGUUUGGCUACACUGCCUGGUCUCUGGUGGAUGGCUUUGAGUGGAAUAAUGGGUACAGCAUAAGAAGAGGACUCUUCUACAUAGAUUUCAAUCAACCUCAACGCACAAGAGUCCCAAAGACAACAGCUCAGUUCUACAGGCAGGUUGUGAAAGAUAACGGAUUUCCUACCAAUGACACAGGACAGGAUAUCACGGGUCAGUUUCCUUGUGACUUCCAUUUUGGAGUGGCAGAUUUUACCCUGCAGGUACAUCUACAGCCAUUUUCCCCUCAGUUCACUGAUCCUCUCCUGUACCGCUGGAAUUACACCGGUGAUGGUACUUUGAGUCCUGUCAUCGGAGUAAAGCUUCGCACACGUGGCUCACAAUGCAGUGACUUCCUGGCUAUUCAGCGUCACAUCCACCUAGUAGAGAUGACAGGGACAUCACACUACCGCUUCGGUCUGGACUGGCCCCAGCUCUUCCCAAAUGGUGACGUCUCGUCAGCAGACAGGGAGGCGGUGCGAUAUUACCGCUGCAUGCUGACUGAACUCCAAAGGAAGGGCAUCCAGGCAGUCGUCACGCUCUACCAGCCCAGUCUCAGGUCACCGACACUGGGCAUGCCCAGCCUACAGCAUGACAGUGGCGGCUGGAUGAACACAAGCAUGGUGGAGGCUUUUGCCGACUACGCCACUUUUUGUUUUAAGGAAUUUGGUUCACUGGUGCAGGUUUGGAUAACCAUUAAUGAGCCAAACCGGCUAAUAGAAACAUAUAACGGAAGUGCACAAGACAGGGAAAGGGUGGUCCGUAACCUGCUGCUGGCACAUGCUCGUGCUUGGAAUAUUUACCACACGCACUUUCGUCAACUGCAGGGGGCGAAGGUGAGCUUUACAGUGCAUGCUGAUUGGGUGGAACCAGCGAAUCCCUUUGUGAAAUCGCACAGCAAUGCUGUUCAAAGCUUCAUGUUACUUGAGCUUGGGCGAUUCCUUGAUCCCUUCUUGAAGGAUGUAGAUCACCCUGACAAAAAUACCUGCCCUGACUGUUUUCACUCAAGCUCCUUCCAUCUGCCAUACUUCUCUGAGGAUGAGAGGGCUGAGCUCAAGGGGGCUCUAGAUUUCAUCGCUCUUAAUCACUUCACAACACGGCUUGUAUUGUCCAAGGCUCCCUUGACUGAGAUCCAUAACCACGGCUACUCCCUCAUGUAUGACCCCACGUGGACCUCUUCGAAAAAGGGCCAGGCUCUCGCCCCCUGGGGGCUCCGAAGAGUCCUAGGUUGGGUGAAGGAUCGCUAUGGGGACAGUCGCUCCAUUGUCAUCACAGCGACAGGGAUUGAUGACCAGGCAUCCCAUGAUGACCAGCUGAGGCAAACCUAUAUAAGGAGCUACCUGCAGGAAGUGCUGAAGGCACGGGAGUUGGACGGCAUCGAUGUGGGUGGGUUUUAUGUCUGGAAGCUCCAGGAUCAUCAUGGUUCUGACUUUGGCUUCUUCACUUCUUCCCACCACCGUUCCCGGCCCAAAGCAUCCGUCACAGUCUACCAGGAGCUCAUCUCUCAGCGUGGUUUUCCUGCCCCCACCGGCGAUCCUGUGACCUCACCAUCGGCGAUAUCAUGUGAGCUAAGCGAAAGGAGAAUGACCUGCUGGCUCUGUAACGGCAUGGCUGAGAACAAGCCCCUGCUCUUCUUUGGCAUAUGUGUAACAAUCAGCAUGCUUAUGCUGGCUGGAGUCAUCAUCACUUCUGUGGUGAUGAAGAGCACGAAGAAGAAGAGGAGAGGGGUGAUCCAGGCCAUGCCACAGCGGCUGCGCCGGCAGCAGAGGUUCGCCAUGCAGAGGGUAGCACACAGAAUCUGAAGUCCAAAACUGAUGAAGGAAUAAUUUGGCAUAAAAAUCAAUUUUACACGAUUUCCCUCUUUACCCCAAAUGUUGUCAGUUGGCCAAGACAUGUUUGCUUACUAUUUUUGCUGUAAAACUCCAUCAGGCUUUGUUUCCUACUGUAAGAUAGAGCACUAGGUGCUUUAUUGACAAAUGUAAGGCAAUUAAAGUCAUUUUUAAUGCCAUUUUGUGAAAUCUGUAAUGCUGCUUAGAGCCGGUCAUUUCAUGAACUUCUGUUCUAUGUUCUAUUACUUCUAUUAUGAAGCAGAAAUCUUUAUAAGUACCUUGAGGACCACUGCUACGAUAAUGCUAAAUUCUGCUAGCGCUUCAGAGGUAAUUUCUGUGAGUGGUGUUCACUUUCCACACAGAGUUUAACGCUAUUUAAGCCAGCUCCCCUUAAAUUUGAACAUUUGAAGCAUUUGACAUUCAAAUGAAAUAUUAUGUACUUUGUAUAUUUACAGUGAAUCCUUUGGUAAAAGCUAAAGCUAACUGAAUAUUAUUGGAGGAGGUUGUUAGCUUGUUAGCUAUGAGCUAUUCAGGCCAGACCUAGUUAAAUGAAACCUUUUACAUCACAUAAAUGCAAUUUGUAACAGCAAACAUUUUACUUUACUUUGUACACAUACAAUAUGUAACUACAAACAUACAGUACAAAUGAAAAAUCCUGCUGGUGUGGGUUUGUUUGCUUUUUUAAGUUAUACCUUGAAGCUAAGAGGCUAAUGUAGCUAACGGAUAUCCAAAACUAACUAAAUAUAGCUGUAGUAGCCGUCUGAAUGCGUGCCCAUACUUUAGUCCAUUUUUUUUAAUAGAAUUAUGUCAUAGAAUGUCUGAAACUACUUAAGUAAAUCUAUUUGAGAUUACUUAAAGAGGCAUUCCGGCUUAAAACUGGCUUUUUCUGUUAUAUGUCACUUUAUGCAGUAUUCUGCUAUGCAGCAUUGUGUUUCUCAGUGUGACUGGUUUGAUUAUGUAUUCUGUUGUGUUUUCAUCCAUCAGUGUUUUCUUACUACAAUGCCCAGCAUGCAAUUAUGUCUUAAAACAAGUGGAAAUAGGCCCUUUUUACAUUUCUGCCAGCAGUAGUCAUUGCAGGGUAGCGCUGCUUCCACUAAUGCAAUAACAAUAGCAACAAUGAUGAGUUGAGCAUGUACAGCUUACUAUAGUAUUAAAGCUUGAAGCGAAAACAGCCUUAUCUUAGUUUCAAUGGUUUGUCAGCUGACAAUGAACCGUUGAAAACGAGUUCAUGCAGUUAGUAAAGGAUUAAACAUCAUACGGAGCAAAGUAACCUCUGCAUUUCACAACUGCUGACUAAUGUUACACUAAAUGCAGUUCACUUUACAGCCACUUUACAGAGGAACAGUUUAUAGUUUCUCCCCCAAAAAUGAUUAGCAACUGAGAGAGCGAGUGCUCGGCAGAGUGCUCGGCAGAGAGUAGGCGUUUGUUCACUGGUGCCGGUGGUUCCCCCUUAAAUGGUGCCUGAGCCACCAGAAUGUAACUGCUGCACCAUUUAAGGUGGAACGGGAAAAUUCGAACAAGAAGCUGACUUCAGCCUCGCAACAUUUUAGUGACAGUUUCUCGAUGCAGAGUAAACGUAUCAGGAAACCAAAUAAGUGCUUAUAAUUGCAAAUAAAAUGUCUGCAGUGGUGCUACGGACCCUGCCCUUUUUGCCACUUUAACUAGAUUACUGUUAGUGAGCUGUUUCAACAUCUCCAGCUAACAUGGCUUACCAAGCGUUUUGGUUAUAAUUAUUUUUACCUAUCCAUCAAUUUAUCACUCUCUAGAUGUUAGAUGACGUUACUGUACUCUGAUAGCUGUGAAGGAAUUUUUCCACAAAGCAUUUAUAUCCUUUAUUUAGUUUUGACCCCUGCAUUGUUGUGUGGUUGGUUCUCCAACAGUUCUGGGCACAUCCUCGAAUUUCAAUCUUGGCAACUAUGACAAAGAUAAAGUGACACACCUUUCUGUGGUGGCUGAAGUGAAAUGAAGGCCUCUAUUUCUGAGGUUAAUAACUGUCUGAAAGGCGAUAGUGGAACUUGUUUUACCCAGUGUUUACGUGGGGCCUAUCGCCCCACUGCCCAUACGGAAUACACUGAUGUAGAGGCAUCAAAACAGAUGUGAUAUCGGCUUCCUAACAGUAAUGCUAGCUGUCUGGCUUCCUUCUGUAGUAGCCAGUUCGCGAAAAAAAUAAAAAUCAAAUAGCUCACCCUCAAAAAUCCACCCAAAGCCCUUGUACUUUUUCAAAUGUUCCUCCCACCUUUGAGAUACUUCAUCAGAAGGGGGUUUUGCUAGUCUUUAAAUCAGGAAAUCUCACUCUCUAGACUAUUGUGGUGUCACUGUUGGAGGCGAGUGAGCAUGUUUACAAUAGGUUUAAUUUUCCAUUUUGGCCGGAGUGUCUCUUUAACAGCUCAAUAUGGUUUGAGACAAGUUUAACGUUAUAGGUAUGCAGCUUGCAUGAUGCUGGUGUGUGUUAGCUUUCAUUACUUGUUAGCUACAUUAGCCUUAUGGUAUAAGUGCAAAACUCAAGAAGCUAACUUUGGACGCCAAACAUGUCUUGGCUGAUCGACUGCAUUUGACUGAAUUUGGAAUAAAUGGAAAACUGUGUAAAUUCGAUUUGAUCACUAUAAGUAGUAAAAUACUGGUAUAGUUACUAGCUUUAUUGUUUUCCAUAAGGUCAGUUACUAUAUCUUUCUCUUCAUCAAUUCUGUUCUGAAAAUGACCCUAAGUAAGUAAAGCUGCAACAGCCAAGUACAACAUCAGUUUGCUUGCUCAGGGCAGAAUGAAGCCUUUAAGUGUUUAAAUGGUGUUGUUGGCCAGUGCAACCACAGUUUACUGAAGGAUCAGGCAGGGUUUUGAUCCAGUGACCUCACAACAGCUUGUAACUAGGGCUGGGAGUUGAUCCCAAAAAUUUGAUUCUUUGAUUUGAGGCAUUUGAGAAUCAAGAGUUGAUUCUAAAGCUUUAGAAUGUAUACAGUGAGCUGAAGGCCACUAGAUCAUAUACAAAUACACUUGAGUGAGUAAACACACUCCGGAAACCUAAAAACCCAAACCUGUAUCAUAGCAGAAACAUGCCAGCUGUAAUCAAGCAGUCAUCGUUUUCCUGGUAAUGUAGCAGCUCCUGUUCAUACUCUUGGUAAUUUCACAGGAAUUGUGGUAGAUCCAUCAACUCUGACUUGUGUUCACACCUAAACCUUUCCCAUGUAGAGCUGCACUAUGCGUGAUUGUUUGAUAAAACUAAAAUAAUUAGCAUUAUUGAGUCAAGAGGAAAAAAAGAAGUUUUUUGGUCCAUUUCAUAUGUCUACGUUUUAGCAUCAUGCACACAGGCUCACUGAAUACUCUUUGAAUCAUCAGAUUCAUCCGCCUAGUUAAGGGGUCUGAAGCACAGCAGACAUUACAAAAUGUUCUGCAUAUUGCAUGCGAUUACCUAUUUCUACCAGAGAGGUCUCCAAAUCCCCAAAUCCUACACAGUGCAGCUUUAAUUAAAGUUUAAUUCUGGCUUCUUGUGAAAAUGGGGCUUAAAUCUUGAUUUUUGGAAUCUUAAACUGAGAAUAUUACUGUGUGUAAUCAACUCCAUCAAUUCCCAUGGAAUCAGCUUGGAAUCAGAAUCAGAGUUGCUUCCAGAAUUUCUGUAUUCAAACCGCCCCACUUACAAAACUGGUGUAUUGAUUGCCACUUGAAGAACUGCAGAUCUUACCAAUGAAUGUAUGUUGUGUAAGCAUAUAUCCAUGUAGAGGUGGGCAAUAAGACCAUGUUUUAGCAUUAUCUUGAUAAAUGAUGUCACAGUCCACUUUUCAGAGCAUAUUGUGGAUAUUAGUACUUAAAGGACACUGAAAAACUGCCUGUUCCAUUAGACGGAAUAGUUAGUCUUAAUAGGAUAAAGCAGUGCAGUGCAAUGCUGAAAAAAAUCAUUGUGCUCAUUUGUUUUUGGUACUACUACUUUUUUAUUCCAACUUAAAAGCAUCAGAAAAUAUUGUAAUGCAUAUCGUGAAUCAUAAGAAUAUCUUGAAAUAUUAUGCUGUUAUAUUUAUGCCUUAUCGCCCACCCCUACAUCCAUGAUAAUGUGGAAUCACACAUGUUGUUAUUUAUAUGGUUUAUUUUUCCAUUUCUCCACAGUUGAAAAGAGUUUAUAUAAGAAUUUUCUAAUUCAACACUUGUGCAUCAUGUUGUUUAUUGAGCUUAUAUAUUGCACUGCCUGCAGUGUAAAAAUUUCAAAACUAAAUCUUAUGUUGGGAAUUAAGUUCAGAUAUGUGUAAAAGUGAAAAAGGACAAAUUGUUGUUUCAGCACAUGAAGAUUUCUGCAUAUAUUUGAUUUGUUACAGCUGAGUAUGUCUUGAGUUCUUGUAUAUAUUGUGUAAAUGUAUAUUUUGUGAUUUUAGUGCAAUAAAAUAACUGUGUAAAACAAAGUAA